UGGAAGUUAAUAGAUACAAACAGAGGCACUGUACAUCAGUGAUCAAAGAUGUCUGAGCUAGUUUCUGAUUAUGUGAACUACGCUGAAAGGAGAGGAGAACGCAUAGAGAAGGUGGUGGAAAUCUGUGACCUUGCCGAUGCUGGUAGAAGUCAUGACCGUAAAGAAGACACAGAAGCCACGUGUGUAAAGAAAAGCCUACGGACUGAACACACAGCAGGAUGCACUGCAGGGGGAAGAUGUCACACACUGACUGCAGUGUGUGUGCUGCUGCUGUGUGUUCUCCUGCUGACUGCUGUCACAGUGCUAUGGAUCAAAUUUACCAACCUGAAUACAGAAAACAACCAGCUACAGACCAGAUACAGCAACCUGAAUAUAGAGAGAGACCAGUUACAGACCAGUUACAACGAUAUGAGAAAUGAGAGAAACCAGUUAAAAUUUCAGAGAGACCAGUUACUUUUUCAGAGAGACCAGUUACUGUUUCAUAGAGAUCAGUUACAGCAGGAGGCAUCAGGACUGAAGAACGCGCUUUUAAAAUUUGGAUGGAGAGUCUUCAGCUCGAGCGUUUACAAUAUUUCUACUGAAAAGAAGACCUGGGGUGAGAGCAGAAAGUACUGCACAGACAGAGGAGCAGACCUGGUGAUCAUAAACAGCACAGAGGAACAGGAGUUCAUCAGUAAUUAUACUGGCGGUACUGAAGCUUGGAUUGGUCUGACUGACAGAGAGACAGAGGGGGAAUUUAAAUGGGUGGACGGUAAACCACUGACCACUGCGUUCUGGUGGGAUGGGGAACCCAAUGAUUAUGGACAUAAUGAGGACUGUGUUAUAACAAGCUAUAAAAAUGCUAAAUUUAACAUAUCAUCAUGGGCUGAUUAUCCCUGUAACUUCCCUGUAGUCGGGAUUUGUGAGAUGAAAAUAUUUAACUGAGCACAUGGGAGUCAGUCACUGAAAUUGAAAAAAGUUAGAAUUGAUAACUAUGUGAAUCUUUGUUGACUUGUUGACUUUGUGCUUCUUUUCCAUUUAUUCUCACAAUAGCAGCUCUCAAGUUGCUUGAAUGAUUCUGUCUAGCAGUGUUACAGCUUUCAUAGAUUUAAAAUGAAGACAAAACUUAAUUCUGUACUUAAAUACAAUCUGUUUUUGGACUUACAAAGAGCUGGAGCGACAGGCCACGCUCUGAUAAAGAAGAGUAGUCUGUGAGAAAAGUGUUUUUUAGUUGUAUAAAUGACUAAAUGAUUUCUUAAAUAUAUAUAUACUGGCCACUUCUACAUUGCCGUAACUGUGUGUUAUUAUUUUUAGCCAAUGGCACAAAGUGUACAGAAGAUCACAUGACCAUAUGAACCACAUUUUAGGAAUUAAUUUGAUCAUGUUUGGCACAAAUGAGAGUGUUUAUUGUGUUUUGUCUUUACUAUAGAUGAUUUGGUGUAAAAGAGAACUGGAAGUGAGAGAACAGUGCAGAACUGAACAGAGAUUUUCACUGAUUAAGAAGUCACUGAAUAGUAAUCACUUCUGCGUUAGAGGUUACUGAACUCAGUGAUUCCCGUUACUAGAAAACGUCAACCACGAUGUCAUUUUCAAGCUACGUUUGUGGACAAUAAUUACUUUGAAAGUAUCUGAACGUAUCCAUUCCACAGAACAUAUGCUUAUCCAUGCAGAUUAGACGAAGCCUCACAGGAUGAUGAAGUGUGCAUUCAGAGAAACUCUUUUUACACUUCAGUUAUCUCUGCUGAUGACCUUUUUUACACUAGUUUUAAAUUAUUAGACCUAUUUGAUAUUACAUAUUAUAUUAGACACAGCUUCUCUCCAUGAUAAAAACAAUGUGAAGGAGUUAUACACUAAGUGUAAUUGUUAAAAUGUAAUCAUGAAAAUAAAACAAUA